CGCACACUGGCGCGAUCGGCGCGGCUGCGCGGUUGUGUUGUUGUCGGGUUUUGUUUUUUUUUCUUGUCCUGCCAACCAGUUGCUUCCUUACCCACCGCUUACCUGCCAGUGUUAACUUUUAUCCUUCCAACUUCCAAACUAAAUACGCGCUAAAAUAAGUUCUCGGCCUUAUUGCAUACACAAAGUGAAAUCUAAGUCGCGUGAGGUCCAGAUGCUGGUGCAAAAGGCAACAACCUCGUAUUGUGUCAACAAAUAUUAUUAAACAGUGAUUGGGACGACUAGUUAUACUUCGCUAUCGCCACGAAAAAAGUAUAAUGUGAUGCAGAGAUUCUGAUGUGAUGAAUUAAAUGAGAGUUCAAACUGGAUAUUCUUGCGGAGGAUGGAAUACGUUUGUUCUUGGAACCCGAUUGUUGCGAUUUCACCCACAUAACGUUUAUGAAUGUUAGUGUAAAUGGCGACUCACAUAAUGUACGCGGUCGCCAUGGUGGUGCUGCUCAGCGUGCUCAGUAAAGGGGAACUUCCUGAAGAUGAUUUCCGGAUAAUAAAUAGACAGGAUCUGCUGACUUCAAACAGUGACAUCUUCCAAGACAACAGUAGCAGUGCUUUCUCACAACUCCUCUUUGACGUAGCGAGGGACCAAGUCAUCGUCGGCGCUAGAGAUACACUGUACCGUUUGUCUCUCCGAAGUCUCCGCUUGCAUGAGCGCUCAGACUGGCCGGCACCCGCUGACAAGGCCAAACUGUGCCAAGACAAAGGCCAAACUGAGGAGGACUGCCACAACUACAUCAAAGUCCUGCUGUCGCAUGGACACAGGGUAUUCGCUUGCGGGACUAACGCGUUCAGCCCAGUAUGCAGUUGGAGAGAGAUCGAGUCGGUGAACAAAGUGACGGAGUGGACUAAUGGCGUGGCCCACUGCCCCUACAACCCUCACUCCAACGUCACGGCUAUAUUGACUGCCAGCGGCGAAUACUACGCAGGAACACCAACUGACUUCACCAGCUCCGACACUACGAUUUGCAGGAGUAGCGGUGCAGCGCCUCGCAUGGUGGAGACCCUCCGGACGCCUCAGUACGACUUGAACUGGCUGAAUGAGCCCCAGUUCGUGGGCAGCUUCGAGGACGACUACUACGUAUACUUCGUCUUCAGGGAGAUCGCUGUCGAGUUCAUGAAUUGUGGCAAGAUCAUUUACUCCCGCAUCGCGCGAGUCUGCAAGAACGACCCCGGGGGCUACCUCAUGAUGAAGGAUAAAUGGAGCACAUACCUGAAGGCUCGUCUCAACUGCCUCGUGCCAGGCGAUGUGCCCUUCCAUUACGAUGAAGUGCAAAGCGUGGAGUACCUGCCACAAGAGAAGAUCCUCGUUGCUACAUUUACUACACCCAGUAACAGCAUCGAGGGCAGUGCCGUGUGCAUGUACAACAUGACGGAUAUCCACGCAGCUUUUGACGGGCCGUACAAGGUGAAAGACUCCCCACUGUCCACCUGGGAGCCGCGGUCUCCCACUGUCCAAGCGAGGGACCACUUUCGAUGUGUGCCUGACCUCAGACCCCAUCAAGCGAUAGAAUUACAACGGUACAAGCUCAUGAACGAACCCAUCCAGCCUAUAUUAGGGGAGCCCGUAUACAAAAUGACGUCACAGCGCUUUACGCACAUCACCGUUGAUGUCACGACCGCUAAGGGGGUCGGAAAGCAGUUCGUUUUAUACGUAGCCACGCAAGCUGGUGACGUCAUCAAGCUAGCUGUACUGCCGCAGUUCGUCGGUGCCUGUCUGGUGGAAGUGUGGAAACUGGGGGGCAAGGAAGGCUUUGAUGUACAGAGCAUGCAGUUUGUCAAGGAGACUAUGUCGAUUUACAUCGGCAGCGACAAAGGUGUGCUCCGUAUAAGCGGAGAACGUUGUUCUAGAUACAAGAGUCGUUCUGGAUGCGUGGGCGCAACAGACCCGCACUGCGGCUGGGACAACGGGCGUGAAGAGUGCGUCGGAUCAAAGGAUCACUCGCACGAAGCUGACUUCAUACAGGCCACUGGCAGCUGCCCGUCCGUCGAUAUACCAGUUGACGGCGGCUGGUCUUCUUGGUCUGAGUGGGCACCUUGCAUGCAGGACGGCACUUCGCACACAAUGUACGGAGACGACAAGCCCGAUAUGUGUAUGUGCCGGUCAAGGAGAUGCGACAACCCCCGACCGGCUAACGGUGGACAGAACUGUCAAGGUCCCCAGAUAGCAGUAACUAACUGCACGGUCCACGGCGGAUGGUCUCCGUGGUCGGGAUAUUCAGAAUGUUCAGCGAGUUGUGGAAUCGCCGUGAAGUCUAGAAGACGGUCAUGUAGCGCCCCGGAGCCUAAGUUCGGAGGCAGAGUGUGCGUAGGACUCGAUUCGCAAGAUGUGAUGUGUACCAAUCUACCGCCUUGUCCAGAUCCAGCGUUAGCCCCAGUAGACGGUGGUUGGUCCUCCUGGGGCCCCUGGUCUUCUUGCACCAGCGCAGGAGGUAACGACUGCGGCAAAGCAGCCGGCUGGAGGGAACGACGAAGGAAUUGUUCCGAGCCUUCGCCUAAACACGGCGGUGCUGACUGCGAGGGAAACAAGACUGAACGACAGAUAUGUGACUUAAGACCGUGCGAAUUGAGAAAGGCUACAGCUUGGACGCCUUGGGUGCAGAUACCUGAUAAUUCGUCUGACGGCAGCUAUAUGGAGAAAAGGUUCAAAUUCCUGUGCAAAGCACAGUCUCCGGAGCAGUUAAGACUAUCGAUGGCGCGCGAAGAGGAGCGCUACUGCAGCAAAUCCGGUCGGUGUAGCAGUACACCGCUGGAGACAGAAGCGGGCGGGUGGGACACAUGGGGCGCGUGGGGUGCGUGCUCGGCGCCCUGCGGUGGGGGACAGCAGGCGCGCGCCCGCCGCUGUCACCGCCCGCCCUGCGCCGGACCCGAGCGCGGCCUGCGAGCCUGCAACACGCACGCGUGUGAAGGCGAAUGGUCAUGCUGGAGCGAGUGGGGCGAGUGUACCGGAGGCUGCGGGGAGGGCGGCCCCACCGGGCAUCGGACCCGCACGCGCAAGUGUCUCUCGCCGGAGGGCUGCGACGCGGGCGCCGCCAUGGAGAGGCGAGUGUGCGUCAACAGUUGCACCGAGUCGGACGUAGGUUGGGGCCAGUGGGGACCGUGGUCAGACUGUGAGAACGGCGAGCGGGUUCGUAGAAGAGGGUGUCAGUUCGGUGCUUGCGUGGGACCGCAGCUGCAAGUGUCGCUGUGUGCCACAGACGACGCAGAACUCGAUAAUGAGUUAUACGCGAUGCCUGCUUACAGCCAGAAUGUGGAGAUGGCCUCCUUCGUCACAAUGUCGAGCCACGAGUCUUUGGGCGUUGGAGGCAUUGUAGGAUGUGUGGUUGCUGCUUUUGUUGUAGGUUGUCUGACUUGCCUGGCGUGUGUCAUAAUGGUGCAGCGCCGUGGUUCCCGGUUCCCCUGGCACAAGAGGACCAGGGUUCCUUCGAGCCCUCACUACAUCACUGCUAAGCAGAACAGUUACGUAACUGUACCUUUGAAGGAAGUGCCUCGCAAGGCCAAACGACAGCCUUCGUUCACCGGCAUCGGCGGUACCAGCGGUAUAAUAUUAUCCAAAAGCAACAACAUAACCAACGCUAACAACCAAAACACAACAAUGUCAACACCUAAACUUUACCCAAAAGCGAUAGCCAACGAAUACGACUCUAUGGGCACCCUGAGAAGGCAUUCCAACCAACCACACAGUAAAAACAAUUUGGACUCUGAAGAAGAUAAAUUUUACUGAGAACUUUUUGUUAAUAUUUUGUUUGAUUCGGACCAAAGAGUGGAAUUAGGUGAAGUGACACUAAAGUGAUAACGACGAAGUGUUCUUGGAUUUGAAUUAGAAAGAAGAGAUCUAGUCGAUUGCGUAAGUGGGAUUAGUAGGAUCAGUGCAAUGGAUGUUUGUUUUUCAGUAAUGUAUUGGUUAAAAACUUUUUUGAUGGUGAAUACAACAACUCAAUUAAAACAAAACAGUGCUGUUGCAUUAAUUGAACAAAAUGUUCUAAAAUUGGUGGUAUUAUUAUAUGGUGAAUGUUAAUUCGAUCGAAUCUCAUGUGAUUUUAAUAUAAUAUUUUAAGGUUUGACGUACUUAAUUCUUUAGAAAUGUUU